UAAAGCUAACUCUUUUAAAAUAUAAUUCUAACUCCUUUUCUCCAUUAUAAAUGUCUUGCAAGUUACAAUUUUGAUUAUAGAACUUCCCUCUUCAGAGCGCAUCAAUGGCUAGUACCUCCUAUCACACAUACUCAGGCCAGGGCUCUUCUCAGAGAUCGUUGGCUAUGGUGUUGGCUCUUGCAUCAGCCGUGGUUUUGUCUCCAUUGUAUAACAUGAAGCCAAAGAGUAGCGAUGGGAGCUACUUCGAAUCAAGAUGGAGCUCUGGUUUUGUUCUGCCUAUGGUUCUUGCUGGCCUCAUCAUCGCCAUCAGGACCAGCUCUUCUUCAUCUUCUUCCUUGCUUCCAUCUCCAGAACCUUCUUGGGUCCUCAGAAUUGGAGCCUCUUCUUGGGGCCUUGCUGGGGUUUUGAUCAUGCUCAUCCUUGUUCUUUACUGGCAAGCCUCAGUUCAGGAGUUCUUCUGGAGAUAGACAUCAGAGUCUGAGAUCCAUUGCUGCUACUGGUAUACUAUCUCUCAAGUAGAAGGAUCUGAGUUUGAGAAUUAUAUCAGAGAGAUCUAUGUAUGGCUCUGCCUUUUUUCCACUUCUCGUGCCAUAGCUAGUAAGUUUUUAGUUGUGAUGACUUGUAAGUUUUAUGUAAUAAUAUGAGAAUUUAAGAGGUAUAUAGUUAGCAAUUGAGGCUCUUGUUCUAA